GGGGUGUGCUAAAUGAAAUACAUACGUUUAGCUUUCUAAACAAUAAUAUAAAAUUUAAGUAUUCAAGUAGAGUAAGUAACUUUACUAUAGCUGCAUUCAUAACACUAAAGCCACUUGAAUCUAUCAAAUUUAGUACGAAAAGUUGGCCAAACGAGUGAGUGAGCAACAAUUUACAGUAUUUUUUACAGUACAUUGUUCACACAUAGAUAUAACAACACAUCCAUGGUCAACAUAGACAAAAAAGAUCGAAUAUUAACCAUAUAUAAGAUUCACAGACUGUAAAAAAGACAUUCAUAACGAACAACACAUGCUUUGUCUGGAAGGGGGCGGUGACUGUCACAUCCAAGUGUUGCAUAAAAGGCACACUGUACAGAAAGAUGGCGGCUUCCCUGCUGAGGAUAGGACGACUGGGCUGUGUCAAGUGUUUGCAGGCUGAGAGUUGGAGUACUCUGAGUAAAGCACCUGCAGCUGUAGCCCUUAGCACAAAAUCUGGGGGUUCCAAGAAGUCAUCGAAGAAGAACAACUCAGACAAAGACCAGGCUAAAACAUACUUCGAUAUAGAGAAGCUUGUCCAGCACAAGUCAUAUGAGUUUCCCAAGAAAGACGUUUCUCCAGCAGCUGCAGCAGCAGCUGCAGCUGCAGCUGCAGAAGCUGCAGCUAGACCAGCUGCAGAGCUCACACCCUCUGCUGCUGCACCUGAGGCUGUGGCAACCACCCCUGCGGUAGAAGCCACCCCAGUAGUUGAAGCCACUACCACUGCUGAAGCUAUCCCCGAACCUGCUUCAGCAGCUGAAGCUACACCCAUUUUUGAAGCGCCUCCCGCUGUUGAAGCAGUCUCUGAAUCUGCCCCUGCACCUGUUGUUGAAGCUGUCGCUGAAGCCAUACCAGUGGUUAAGACUGUUGCAGAAGCGGUUGCCGAAGCUGUACCAGUGGUUGAAGCUGUUGCUGCAGCAUCUAUAGCUGAACCUGCUGCUGAAACUGCUGCCCCAGUUGGUGAAGCUCGUGUUGAAGCCCCAGAAGCUGCCCCUAAAGCCCCUGCUGCAGAAGCUACACCACUUGUGGAAGCCGGCCCUGAAGUUGUCCCUGCUGAAGCCCCUGUAGAAGCGGCCCCUGCUGCAGAAGCUGCACCAAUUGUGGAAGCCGCCCCUGAAGUUGUCCCUGCUGAAGCCCCUGUAGAAGCGGCCCCUGCUGCAGAAGCUGCACCAAUUGUGGAAGCCGCCCCUGAAGUUGUCCCUGCUGAAGCCCCUGUAGAAGCGGCCCCUGCUGCAGAAGCUGCACCACUUGUGGAAGCCGCCCCUGAAGUUGUCCCUGCUGAAGCCCCUGUAGAAGCGGCCCCUGCUGCAGAAGCUGCACCACUUGUGGAAGCCGCCCCUGAAGUUGUCCCUGCUGAAGCCCCUGUAGAAGCGGCCCCUGCUGCAGAAGCUGCACCACUUGUGGAAGCCGCCCCUGAAGUUGUCCCUGCUGAAGCCCCUGUAGAAGCGGCCCCUGCUGCAGAAGCUGCACCACUUGUGGAAGCCGCCCCUGAAGUUGUCCCUGCUGAAGCCCCUGUAGAAGCGGCCCCUGCUGCAGAAGCUGCACCACUUGUGGAAGCCGCCCCUGAAGUUGUCCCUGCUGAAGCCCCUGUAGAAGCGACCCCUGCUGCAGAAGCUGCACCACUUGUGGAAGCCGCCCCUGAAGUUGUCCCUGCUGAAGCCCCUGUAGAAGCGGCCCCAGAGCCUGUGGCUGAAGCUGUCCCUGUAGAAGCUGAAGCUGAAGUUUCUGCCCCUGUGGAGAGCACCGAGGACCUGUUGGACCCUGCUCCAGUCGUUGCUGAAGCUGCAGGAGAGGAGCUGCAGGCGGAGACCCCAGCUGAACCAGUUGAACCGUCUGAGGCUCAAAUGGACCCAAUUCAGAAGCUCUUCUUGGACUCCAUACGCGAGUACUCCACAAAAAGCCAGGGUACUGGGGGGCUAGUCGAUGCAGGUUCAGAGUAUGAAAAGGCCUUGGCAGAGGAGAUCGCAAAGCUUCAGAGGCUCUAUGGUGGUGGAGACCUCACAUCUUUCCCAGUGUUCAAAUUCACAGAGCCGAAGUUGGAUGAAGUUUCCCAGAAGUGAACAUCAGCACUUUACAAUUGAACUUUUCUACUGUCGCCUUUUUCCUGUAUGGUGUGUGCCGUAGUAGAACAUUAACAGUCUGCUUUUUGUCAAAGUUACAACUCCUUGCCUCUAGCUUAGUAUCUAAGAGCUGUUUCAGUAGCUAGAUAUUUUAUGGGAAUGUAAGCUAAAGCAUUAGAUGUACAUUUCUGGCAAACAAAGUGAACUUGGAGCUGUGAAAUAAGCUUUGUGUACGUUGAUCCAUGGCUGAGCUGAAUGUAGAGGAAAAACAAUAAAUUCCAGUUCAAACUUG